UUUCACUUUGCACUGAGUGGAUGCAGCGAGUGUUUUGUAAUUAGUUAGAAAACAGUUAGUGAAAGAAGAUAAUGAAGAUUAUAAUAUGUGCUUACCUGUUUCUGUAUCUAACACGAGGUACCAAAAACCAGUUAUUAAAUUGGAAAUCGACCACCAACUGCGAAGGAUCAAACAAAGCCGCUUUAGUAGAGCAGUUCUUUAACAUAAUUUUCACUGAAUUCCACAAUACUCAACCGAUCUGCGUGUGCGUGCAAAUGUGUGCUGACCAACCAACUUACUGCUAUCCGAAUGGCUGCUUCAAAAGAGACGUCAGUAACAGAGAUCGUAUUGUGUCAAAUAUUGGCAGUGAUGGUGAUAGAACACGUGCUAAUAUGUUUGUUGUUGAACAAAAGAGCAACGCAGUAACUGAGUUAUUUGUAAGAGAUCAUGUUCCUGAAAAUAUUAUUGCUAUCCCAGAAACGGAUUUCAUGAAAGAACUCCGCCCUGAUCCUUUCAAAGACAAGUAUAAGGCGUUAUUAAAAUCUAGAAAAACGCCCAGAGUCGAAUUGAGAUACAAUGUACGAGAUCAAGUGAAAAACAUGAAAUCAGACGCCUUGAGACACGAAAACAUUGACCUUCUAAAAACGCGAUGGCCACUGAAGAAAUAUAAUAAGGUCAAUGGACAAUUUGUAUUUCAGAAUAAUAACGAUAACGUACCAUUAAAAAGUAAUAAGUUUUUUAUGACUACAAAUCAAGAAAAUGAAGUAAAUCGUAAUGGUCAGUCUAAAUACUUCAAAAGAGAUUUAGGUAACAUUAGUAAAGUUGAUUUAAAGACCGUGUACAAUGUAGGAACGAUAGACGCAGCUAUACAAAAUACAACUUUAUCUAUAGAAACAUUAAUUGAAAAUUUGCUUGAAAAAUCAUUCGAUGGCAACAACACUGAUGUUGAAAUUAAUAUAGAAAUCAACAAUAGCAAUAUCUUAAACCCCAAUAAGCUGAAUCAUUCAUAUUAUCACAGUAUCAUUAACAAAACUACCGAAAUGAACAGAACCAAUAUUUAUAACCAGAACAGUGAUGACAAACCAAGUGUAAUGAACAAAGUUAAUAAUUAUAAUGAAUUGAUCAACAUUUUGUCGAAAAAAAUCGAAGAACAAAAUAACACGAGCAUGGAAAUGGCAAACGUAUUAUUUGGUGGUAUUAUAUCGCUUGAAGAUAAAAGUAAUAACUUAAAUCACACAGAAAACGUAAGCAACGAUAAAGCCCGACCAACUUGUCCAUUUUCUGAUACUACGGCACGAAAUGAUAACGUAGAUCUUCAGAGAAAUUAUACUGUAACAUCAAAUGAUAAUGAUACCGACUUUCCAACCACAGAGAGCGUAAAAGUUACAGAAAAUGAAUUUGAAGAAUACAAUAAUACUAAUACUUCAGAAAUCAGUUGAGUUUGACAUCGAAAUUGAGAUAAGUGAUACGGAAAUUUUCUUAUAAAAACUACUGUAAAACAGGAUACUUUUAAAAUCUAAUAUAAAAAUUAUACUAUAGUUAUAACAA